GAUGACGUAAAGUCGCUGCGACUCAUAACCGGUGUGGUAAACUAACCAAACGAACGUGACUUACUGGGAAUCGACUACGUUUAUUUAAUAAUUAGGUUACAGAGUGCAUCUUGUCGGGAGUAACGUCUCUAUUUUAAUUCAACAUGGCUUCGUCAAUGCCGCAGAAACGUUACUACAGACAGCGAGCCCAUUCCAACCCGAUGGCAUACCACACGUUUGAUUAUCCUGUGUGUCCUGAGGAGAUGGACUGGUCCGAGCUGUAUGCAGACGUCUUCACUGACAACCCAUCUGACAAAGAGACCCCCCAAGUGGAGUUUGCCGACAUUGGAUGUGGAUAUGGGGGGCUUUUAGUGGAGUUAUCACCACUCUUUCCAGACAAGCUCAUCCUGGGUAUGGAGAUCCGAGUGAAAGUGUCUGAUUAUGUUCAGGAUCGGAUCGUAUCCCUGCGUGGCGCAGAACCAGGAUGCUACCAGAACAUCGCCUGCAUUCGCACUAAUGCGAUGAAGUAUCUCCCCAACUUCUUCUCUAAAGGACAGCUCAGUAAGAUGUUCUUCCUCUUUCCUGACCCUCACUUUAAGAAGACCAAGCACAAGUGGAGGAUUAUUAGUCCCACAUUGUUGGCAGAGUAUGCCUACACGCUGAAAAUUGGGGGUUUGGUGUAUACCAACACAGAUGUGGAGGAAGUGCACGUCUGGAUGGUGAAGCACUUCAGUGAACAUCCGCUGUUUACACGUGUCCUUGAUGAAGAACUGGUUGGUGAUGUGAUCAUCAAUCGUCUGGGUAUCUGUACAGAGGAAGGAAAGAAAGUGCAGAGAAAUGGAGGGAAGAAUUUCCUCGCAGUUUUCCGAAGGAUUGAGGAUUCAAACUAAGACUGUAACAGUUUGGACAUGCAAUGAACUGAAAUAAUGGUCUUAUGCAGUUAAGUAUACAUGGAGAAUAAUAAUGCUGCUCUGUGAAUCUGGAGCCUGUGGCUUGUUCCUCAGCACUUGAACAGUGUAUUAAUGGACAAACAGUUACAUCAUUACCCGACUGAGGGUUUGUGUUUGAGUUUGUUUCCCAUAGUUUAUGUAUUUUAAUUUCUCAGCUCACAAAAGACAGCACAAGGGAAGUAUAUCAUAGAGGCAUCUCUAUUCAGACUAGACUUGUGAAAUGUUUUGUAUCGCUUUUUUAAAUGAUUUUGUUAUGAUUAACUUCUGUUUCUUUUGUUAAACUCCAAUGUGCUUUUUUGGAUGUACUGUAAAACUAAAUUGUUUUAGGACCACAGAAAAAAAUCAAGUGUUUGGUUCAUUGUAUUAAUCAAUACAUUGGCUGUAAACGGUGAAGAGAACAGGUGAAUUGAAAAUGGAAAGACUAUAUGUUGUGUUUUACAUUUACUUUAGGGCCUUAAUCACAAAAAUGACCAAAAGGAGCAACUCUUACUUUGCUCAAUAUCUUAGAUUUUAAGAGGACUUUUGCUGGUUAACAAUGUUUGAAAUGACAACAAAUUCCAUAUGACAUCAUCUUUGUUGGUUUUACACUACUAAUUUUCAGUAUUUGCAGCAGAAUCUGGAAUGGAUUGUACUGAGAUGUUUGCCAACAAUCUUCAUGUUGCUUAUUUGCAUUGGUUCAUUGUCUGGUUUACAAAUAAACCUGGAUGUUGCAGCGUGUUGUGUGAGAAGCGAAUGCAGCACAGGGCUUUUCAAAUUAAACAGAACUGUGACACAA